AUGCAACUUUUAGAAUCAGUCGGGAAUUUACGACCUCCUCGAAGACUAAAAUCAACAUGCCGUCCAGCGAAAAAACUCAAAACUUUUACUUAUCAAGGUCUACCACCACCUUCUAUAAGACUACGUUUAGAUGAAGCUAUUGAAAAUGCAAGACGUAAUCAUCAGUCCAAUGUAUUUCCUAGUCAGGGUCCAAGUAUUUUAAAUAAGACAUGGAGAAAAUCAAGAACAUCAAUAACUUCAAAUGAUGUUGAUAACGGUAACUCAAACAUUUCAGAAUCACCUCAGAUGUCUCAAAUACUACGUCCUAAUUUAACAAAACCAACUUUAAUUCACAAACCUGGUAUAUCUUUACGAGGUGAAGAAAGCUUAGAAAAUUAUGUACGCGGAUACGGUAGCCAAUGGUUUAAACAAAUUAGCAAAGAAGAAUCUUUCAUAGAAUGCCAAAAAGAUGUACACAUCCGUUGUCCACGGGGAGAGGCGUUAGAUAAUCUACAUAAAGGACAAAAUGGUAUUGGUGUUAGUAUUCUACUUGAUUCUAAACAAAAUAAUACACCAAUCAUGGAACCACAUAAUCCAAUACGUUCUCUACCAUCAAAUGAAGCUUAUACACAUUGGCAACGUGAUAGAAUUAAAGAAGCUGGUUUAAUGGAACAUAUUUUAAAUCAAGGAUGGUCAUGUAAGAGUGGUCUUACAAGAAAGUCAAAUGAUGAUAUACAAACUUUUCACAAACCAUCUAAUUAUUUAAAUGAUGACAGUGAUAGAGUUGAUCAUUCAGGUGCACAAAUGGCCGAGAUUUUAGGUGAGAAACUUCCUUCUACUUUGCCACUAAAAGAUGUCAAUAUGAAAAUUGCUCCUCGAAGUGUUCCUCAAUCAGCAGCAGCAAAUGCUGCACGUGAAGGAGCUGGAAUGGCUGAAAGAUUCGGUUUAAUUCAGCCUAAACAGUCAUAUCCUGGAGCGGAUAUGGAUAAGAUUACAGAAGCAAUAUCAGAAGCUACAUUUUCUCUGGAUAUGCAACAGUGUGGAAAUGGUCCCCGUACUAAGUUUGAAGGAAUUGAAUAUGCUAAAAGAAAUCGUGGAAUACUGAAUAAUAGUAACUUGCACUCGAUGAAUCCUGAAUUGAUACCAAAACAGACUCCACGAAUACGACCGGAAGCUCAAGAAAUAUAUCAGUCAAAUGACGGUCAAAUGUGUAAAUUGUUACUGACAAAUGAUAAAUUAAAACAGAAAAUAUUAUGGAAUCCAAAAUUUUAUCCAAAUACUAAUGAUAUCAUUAGAAGAUCACGUGGUGAAGCAGCAAAAGAUUGUUUAAAUCCGUAUAAAACAAAAUGGUGCAGUAAAAUACGAAUGACGCGGACAACUUCAAUCAGAAGGAAACAAAUAAAGAAUUAA